AUGACCAUAGAAUUCAAAAACUUACACAAUCUCUCUAGUCCGUACUACCCCCGAGCUAAUGGGCAGGCAGAAGCAACCAACAAGGCGUUGGUGUUAAUAAUUUACAAAUCAUGUGGAGUGGAGCAGGAAGACUGGGAGAAAAUGCUACUAGCUGUACUAUGGGCUUACUGCACAACGUACAAAGUCAUUACGGGGCAUACCCCGUUCCAGCUCAUGUAUGGGCAGGAGGCAAUGGUACCAGCCGAGUAUACCGUACCUAGCUUAUGGAUGGCAGUGGAUAAUAGACUUGGAGACAAAGAUAGCUUGAGUGCAAGACUUGGCAGCCUGAUAAAACUAGACAAACAAAGAAUAAUGGGACAAUGGGCAACGGAGGUGGUGCAAUACCGACGAAAGUGUUGGCAUGACCAACACCUAUGGCGGGUCAAGUUCCGACCGGGGCAGAUAGUUUUGAAGUAUAACGGUCGGAAUGAACUUCGACCAAGGAAGUUUAAAGUCUGA